AUGAUUAAAACCAUCAUACAACGUUCAAUAAACAUCGUAGCAUCAUCGUGCCGUAGUUUAGUAACUCCAUGCCAUAAUUCAAAUGUAGACUUCCUCGACAAAUAUGAUCCUCAGCAAGUAUCACUACUGCAAGAGCCACUCAUGGUUGUCGACCAACACGACCGUAUUAUUGGUCGAACCACGAAAAAAGAUGCACAUCUCUUAGCAAAUAUUGAAUCCGAACCAUCCUUAGUUCAUCGAGCAUUUUCAUUUUUUCUCUUUGACAUUUCAACAGUUCCGUCACGCCUCAUAUUACAACAACGUUCAACGGAAAAAAUAACCUAUCCAAAUUUGUGGGCGAAUACAUGUUGUAGUCAUCCAUUGUUCACUGACGAUGAAGUCAAUGGUGUCGAUGGUGUUAAGCAUGCUGUUAAACGCCGAGUUAAAAUUGAACUUGGCUAUGAACUUAAUUUGAAUUUAUUUUAUUUGACACGAAUUUUCUAUCAAGCACGCAAUAUUCCUGAUGAUGGAAUAUUUGGAGAGAGUGAGAUCGAUUAUAUUAUCGUCGGAAAAUGUAAACAAAACACGCCACUUGAUUUUAAAAUAAAUAAAAAUGAAGUUCAACAACUACGAGCAGUGACAUUAGAAGAAUGUGAAGAUCUUGUCAAACAAGGUGUAACAACGCCAUGGUUUACAAGAAUUGUACAAGAAGGUUUAUUGGCUAAGUGGUGGUCAACUGUUGAUAAGCAAGAAUUAAAUAAGGAUGCUGAAACAUCAAAUGAAAUUAUUCAACUGUGA